CAUAUUAUAUACACACACACACACACACACAGUAUAAAGACACACUAUAAAGAACAAGUUUCAGCUGUGUGAUAAUUUGGUGUUUUCUUGUUUAGUUUGUUGCUUUUGAGUUGCAUAAUAAAAUGGAGAAAAAGCAAGUUGGGGAGCUUGUAUCUGUAACCUUCACAUGGAGGAUUGAAAAAUUCUCAAGGUUGAGACCCCAGAAGCAUUACUCUGAGGGUUUCGCCGUCGGUGAUUUUAAAUGGCAGAUGGUUGUAUAUCCGAAGGGAAGCAGUGGAAAUCCCGGAAGGCAAGACCUGUCGAUAUAUUUGAAUGUCGCAGAUGCUAGAAUAUUGUCAUCUGGGUGGAGCAGAUAUGCCCAAUUCACCUUGACCGUCGUCAAUCAACUUGACAGUGACAAGUCCAUAACAUUUGAAACUAAACAUGUGUUCAGCGCAAGUAAAAGUGAUUGGGGCUUCACAUCAUUCAUGCCUCUAAGUGAGCUUUUUGAUUGCACCGAAGGGUUUCUUGUGAACGAUGCAUGUGUUCUGGAAGCCGAGGUUGCUGUAAGUCAGGUUGACUACACGAGUGCUUCUGAAGUCCACGAAACUUGGUUUUUUACACCUAGAAAACCCUCAGAGAACGAUAAUGAAAGGCAAGGACAUUCAAAUGUGGAUGCUGUGCAAAUUCCACAGGUGCCUGCUUUUCAGGAUUCACCAAGUUCUGAACAAAAGCAAACAAAUGCUAAUUCGUUGCAAGCUCCAAACUCUUCAAAAGCACUUACGAAAUCCAGUUCUUGUCAAGUGCUUGCUUUCCAGGAAGAACCAAGCUCUGAACAAUAUUGCCCUGAGCCUAACGAUAGCCCUGUUGAAUCUCCUAUAGUCAAGGAACAUGAGCUAGCACGCUCUACCCCACUUGGUGAGCUCAUGGAUUUCCGGGGUUUACAGAAAAUAGACAAAGAUUAUGUUCCAUAUCUAGAGGAAGUCUGUUUGUUGCAUCCUUCAUUGAUCGAGUGCCAGAGGAAGAGAAGUCGUGUGUUUACUGAAUGGGCAUUCACAGCUUUGGGUAGACUCCUGCACUUUUUGAAGACUACAAGGGGUAAGGAUAUGAUCGAGGAUCCCUGUGAGGAGCACCUUCAACUUUUAUGGGAGGAGCUCGGAACCUUCAAAUUUGACUUGGCUUGGUUGGAGCCUCAUGUUCAGUCUGCUUUGGGUAUGAAGAAGUUUGUGGAAAGGGAACGACAUGUAACGGAGCUGAGAAAUAAUGUGGAUGCUUUGGAUAUUGAGAUCAAGAGAUUGAAGGCUUGGCUAACUGUUGCGGAGGUAGAAUUUGUGGUUGCGAAAACAGACAUGGGAGAGGCAGAAGAAAGCUUUGUUGCAAUAAAUAUGGAUAGUGAGCUCGGUUACGGCGGGAGGCACUAGCCGUCCUUGCAGAAUUAUCUCUUUUAUAUGAAAAAACACAUGCAAUCUAUGUAUUACAGGUCAAACUCCCUUGCAUGUUAAGGAUGAAUGUGAUCAUGUUUCUUAA